UACAUGUGGUGGUUGUCUGAGCUCCCUACUUGUUAGUUUGUUUGCCAAGGCCAGUCUUACAUUUAUACCUUGUCGCGUGGCGGCUGUGUCCGAAGGAGGAUUGGAUUUCAUCGCCUGAAGUCGAGAUUGCGCAUUUCUGAGAAGCAUCUGGCUAUUGAGUGGACCUCGUGUCUUUUAUGGGACAACUAUGUCGUGUUACUUGCUUUUGCUGUCAUUGAUUGGUCUCUUGCAGUGCUUUGGAACUAUGCAAGCUGAGGAAAAGAUGGGUCAAACGUUUAGAAGAAAGCGGCAGUUACAGAGUCUGCCACAGUGGUACCCCUGGAGUCCCUGGACCCCAUGCACUCAUUCUUGUGGAAUUGGUAUCACACAAAGAGAAAGAUUCUGCAUUGUUACCUCACAUUCAUAUCGUACCAGUGUUAAUUUGAGAACAAAAUUUAAAUGCCAAGGUGAAAGCCAUCAGUAUGAAGUGUGCAAUACUUCACCUUGCAGAGGUAAUAUUGAUUAUUCUUAUCGACAAUGUCAGAGUGACCUGGGUAGUGAUUGGAUAACUUUUGUCAGAAGUGACUUGCAACCUUGUGUUGUCUACUGUGAGAAUCCUCGAUUGAGGCAGUUUCGUGGCCUAUGGGCAUCUAAUGGCACAAAUUGUGCUAUACAAGGUGGACAUCGUGGAGUUUGUGUUCAACGUAAAUGCAGGCCUGUAGGAUGUGACAACAGACUGGGGUCAUUGGCUCGGCUAGAUGUGUGUGGUGUGUGUAAUGGUGAUGCAUCCCAGUGCAAUAUGGUUCAUAAAAGCAAAACUCAAACUCUAGCGCAGAAGGAGUUAGGUCGGUACAUACACCUGUUCACAAUACCAGAGAAAGUCAGAAGUCUGGUAGUUCAGAACAGCUGCAGUCAGAAGUACUUUGCUGUAAGUGUUGGAUAUGACGAAAUGGUCAUUAACAGCAACUUGACAGUCACACCAUCAAAAACAGUUUGGGCUGCUGGGACUUCCCUAGCUUAUGAGAGAAGGGGCAGUCAUGAAACAAUUCGUGGAGAAGGUCCAACUACUCAUGAGCUGUUGAUAUUUUUGAUUGCCAUAAGAACAGGAAACUGCAAUGUGAGGUACAGUUAUAGUCUUCCCAAAGGCAACGUUCGCAGUGGAAAAGAUUUAAUCCCAGGUAUUGGGUUUGGUGAAAUGAUGGUAUAUGAAAUGACCCAUGUUUUAUCAGGGGCUGUAUCAACAAAGGGAGGCUCUGCUCAAAACAGCGUGGCAGACAGCAGGGGAAGUGAGACUAAGAAAGUUCCUAUUGGUAUACCCAAAUGUCCACCCUGCAAUAAAGCAAUGGGCAGAGCACACUACUUUUGUAGUAGUGACUUUGUGAUCAGUGCAAGACUGAGCAACAAGAUUAGACUCAGGUCUCAGAUCAGAUACAAUCUUGAAGUUGUACAUAGUUACAAACCUAACUUGGAUCCUACCACUUAUCCGAUGUAUCUGUGGUCUGAAAGCCUUUGUGACUGUCAUCACUUCAGAGAAAACAGAAGGUAUCUGAUUAUGGGAACCCAAUCUGUCUCAAAAUGGGUGGUAGGGAGUGAGGACUUUGUUCGGGAGUGGAAAAGCAGUUGGGACUUGCGACUUCGACAUCUUACUACAGGGGAACAAUGUGCAAGGCAGUGAUAUAUAUCUUUCACAUUAAGAAAUCAUCAAGUUUAAAGUUUAGAUUGUAGAUUUGUCAGCCCACUGGGGUUCAUUAUAGACAACAGUGUUAUCAGCAUUUUUAGUAGUAGGCUGCCUAAGACAGCAGAUGGCUUUACAUUGCAUCACAACUGUAUUAGAACUGUUAUGCGUCCAUUAUUGAAGUGAUAUAUACAGUAGUUUUGAUGUGGGAUUCUACAGGUACACUGUACUGAUUGCAAAAAAUUGUGUGUGUUUGUGAGCAAGAAAGCCUGUGACUAUCGAUAUCGUAGAUGUGGGUUUGAAUACAUAUCUUGACCAUAAUUAUAGAGUGCAUCUGCCAGCAUCCCUAUCCAUGCAGGAGGCAGUGAGAUAAUGGUUUGUGACAGUCAUCAUGAGCUAUACUUAGUAGUAUUGGCGUGCAUGAGCGUGCACAUACAUAGCUCAAAUGUAAGUACAUGUCUAGGCUCCCUCUUCCCCUACUCUGUCUGUAUACGUAUGUCUCUGUCUGUCUGUCUGUCCCUCUCUCUCUCUCUCUCACACACACACACACACACACCACACGCACGCACGCACGCACGCACACAUCUUUGGUAACCUCAAUCUUGUAAAAGCAGGAUGAGCCACUGUCAAACAUUUAUCACCCACAAUCCACUGAUUUAAUUAAAUACUGUCUGAAUCUAGCUCCCGUAUGUUUACACUUUGCAAAUUCAACAUCUGGGCGGUUUGACAUCGCCAAGCGGUGAACAGCAGCUGAUAACAAUACCUGUGUAGCUAAUUAACCUUUUUCUCAAGCAAUCACCUCUAAAACAACUGUUAUACUCACUUUACUAACCGCGGUGUUGAGUGGCGUCAGUCCAAUUACAGUGCAGCAAAUACGCAUUCACACGUGGUGAGGAAAUACUGUCAAACCGCAAUAGUACCCAUCUAGGGUACUAUGUAGGUACAGUUGACUGCCUGCGGGCUUACAGCGACACAUUUAGUACAAGGAAACGGUCAAAGCCAACUGUACAGUUUAUUGACUACAUCACUAGAUAAUAUGUCUAGUAAGUACAAUUU